GACAGAUACAGCAUAAGCUAAGGUACGUAGAAAUAUCAGAUGUAGGGUAGAGAAGCUUCAAGAAUGACUACAGGGUGGAACCUAACCAGAAUUCCCAUGACAAAGGUUUAUAUACAUGUAGCCCUCCUAGCACUAAUAUAUUCGGUGUCGUUAGCCCCUGAGCAUCCAGCCUUCAUCCACUCGACAGCAUUGAAGUCUGCGUCACGGCCACUUGAAAUAAGGAAAGCUAUGCCACCUCCGUGUCAGCUGAAACUCCAAAUCCAGCGAUGCCAGUAUAAUGUCAACGGUCAGUAAAAAGAGUGAAGCAUCAAGAGCACGUGGUAUCUUUC